CGGGGCUUAAAAAGCCGUUAGCUUACUGGCUAACAUUUGUAACUGUUGCUGUAUUUUAUGUUGAAUAAUUAUCAACUGUUUAUAGAAAACCACACAUUUUUAUACGGGUACUUUUUCUAUGGGCUCCAAGAGACGCCGCAUUGCUUCUCCCUCCAGCAGUGUGAGUGGAGACUUUGAUGAUGCCACUUCAUCAACUCCAGCCAGCAGCUGGAAAAGGAGGAAGACUUCUAGUGCCACAGCUGUUGAUCAAAUUGCUGUUUGCAAUGAAUUGUACAACACUAUCAGGGACUACAAAGAUGAGCAAGGGAGGCAGAUAUGCGAGCUCUUUGUUCGUGCACCGAAAAGAAGGAAUCAGCCGGAUUACUAUGAGGUAGUGAGCCAGCCUAUUGACAUGAUGAAGAUCCAGCAAAAGCUCAGGACAGAAGACUACCAAGAUGCAGAGCAGUUCUCUGAAGAUUUCAAGUUACUUAUAAACAAUGCCAAAGCUUACUAUUCGGCUGAAAGUUCGGAGUACAGAGCUGCCUGUAAGUUAUGGGAUCUGUUUCUAACCACGAAGAGUACCCUGCUUCGGGGAGGAGAUGUCGAGGAUGAUGAGGAAGAAGAGGAAAGUGAAGAUGCAGACAACCCAGGAGUCUCUACAGAGGAGGAGAUGUCACCCAACUAUAUGAAGGGGAUCUUAGAGCAGCUGUUGGAGACUCUUCUAUCUUAUACUGAUUCUUCAGGGAGAUUAGUUAGUGAACUUUUCCAGAAACUGCCAUCUAAACUGCAAUACCCAGACUACUAUGCCAUAAUUAAGGAGCCAAUAGAUUUGCGAACCAUAGCUCAGAGGAUACAGAUGGGACAUUACAAAUCCAUCAAUGCCAUGGCCAAGGACAUUAUUCUUUUGACCAAAAAUGCCAAAGCCUACAAUGAACCUGGAUCACAAGUAUAUAAGGAUGCAAACACAAUCAAGAAGGUCUUUAUCCAAAGGAGGACUGAACUUGAACAGGCAGAACCAACAAAAUCCAGCCUCCGCAUCAGGAAUCGGAGGUCUGCUCAGGGUGAUCGUCUGCCUGCUAUAACCAUGUCUCUGCAGCCUGGCUCAGAGAGUGAUGAAGACUCCAUUCUCUCAGGCUCUGUGCGCUAUGAUGCUGGGGAGAUGGAGUCUGAAAGUGGGCACACCCGACUAGCUACUGCUGACCCAAUCUUCCAGUUAUACCAAGCUGUUCGAGGGGCCCGUAAUACUCAGGGUCAGCUCAUCGCUGAGCCGUUUCUCCAGCUACCUUCACGCAGAGAGUACCCUGAUUACUACCAGCAGAUCAAAAACCCAAUUUCUAUCCAGCAAAUCAGAGAAAAAAUGCGGAAUGGGGAGUAUGAGGGAAUUGAGCAGAUGGAAUCGGACCUUAAUUCUAUGUUUGAGAAUGCUAAACGCUACAAUGUCCCCAAUUCUGCCAUUUACAAACGUGCUCAAAAAUUGCAGCAAAUAAUGCAGCUAAAAAGAAGAGAAUUUCGAGAUGAUGAUGAGGGAGACAGUUUGCUUUCCCCUAUGACCCCUGACAUUGGAAGCAGUAAAAGAAAAAGUCAUAAGAAGAACACCAAGAAAAACAGGAUGAAAGCAUUGUAUGCAGCAGUGACCGAGGCACGGGAAGCAGGUACAGGUCGACGCCUCUGUGAUCUCUUUAUGGUGAAGCCUUCAAAGAAGGACUACCCUGACUACUACCAGGUUAUCUUAGAGCCCAUGGACCUGCGCACCAUUGAGGGCAAUAUCCGUGCUGAACGCUAUGUCAGUGAGGAGGGUCUCAUAAAUGACAUGAAGCUCAUGUUCCGCAAUGCCCGCCACUAUAAUGAGGAAGGGUCUCAGGUUUACAAUGAUGCAAACAUUCUAGAAAAGAUGGUGAUAGAAAAACAAAAGGAACUUGGACCUUUACCAGAGGAUGACGAUGUUGGCUCACCUAAGCUCAAACUACGGAGGAGUGGGGGUGCUGCAUCUCCCAAGAAAUCCCGUUCUCAGACGUCCCUGCAGCAGAAACUGGGCAAGCUCUAUGAAGCUGUUUCUGGUUUCACAGACAGUCGCGGACGUCGCCUAAGCACAGUGUUUCUGCGUCUGCCAUCACGUUCUGAGCUGCCUGAUUACUAUGCAGCCAUCAAGCGGCCUAUUGACAUGGAACGUCUGCGUAGCUACAUGCUUCAGGGCCGCUACCAGGACAUAGAGUCGAUGGCAGAAGACUUCAUUCUUAUGUUCAACAAUGCCUGUACAUACAAUGAGCCCGAGUCGCUCAUCUACCGCGAUGCACUGCUGCUCCACAGAGCUUUUCUUGAUGCACGCCGCACCCUUGAGAAGGAGGAGGAGGAGGGAGAGGAAAAGGUGGGAUCUCAAUUGGCAGUAGCUCCACUGGUUUGCGAACUUAUUAGGAACCUGUUUGUGUCAGUGAUGGGCCAUCAGGAUGACGAGGGCCGGUGCUAUAGUGAUUCGCUUGCAGAGGUGCCCGCUGUGGAUCCUGCCAACACGGAGGACCCACCCCUUAGCUUGGAGAUAAUUCGUAACAACGUAGAGUGUACGCGCUAUCGGAGAUUGGAUGUGUUUCAAGAGCAUUUCUUUGAGGUUCUGGAGAAAGCCAGACGCCUUAAUAGAACUGACUCUGAGAUCUUUGAGGACUCGAUUGAGCUGCAGCAGUUCUUUGUGAAGAUUCGAGAUGAACUAUGCAAGAACGGUGAGAUUCUCCUUUCCCCAGCACUCAGCUACACAUCUAGACAUCUGCAUGCAGAUGUGGAGCAAGAAAAGAGAGAGAAGCUGCCUCAGGAAGUGGAGGAAGAUAGACUCAAAGCAGAGGAAGAAAAGAAAGAGGAGGAAAAGACAGAGGGUGUUACAAAGGAACAGUGGUCAUCAGGCCUUCAGAACACCUAUACUCAAGACUGCAGCUUUGAGAACAGCACCUACAGUGUAGGAGACUUUGUGUAUGUGGAGCCAUCUGAAGCCAACCUCCAGCCCCACAUAGUAAGCAUCGAGAAACUAUGGAAGGAUGAGGCUGGUGAACAGUGGAUGUUUGGCUCCUGGUUUUACAGACCAGGUGAGACCUUCCACGUGGCUACACGAAAGUUCCUGGAAAAGGAAGUAUUUAAGAGUGACUACUAUAACAAGGUUCCAGUCAGUAAGAUACUGGGAAAAUGCAUGGUCAUAUUUGUAAAGGACUAUUUUAAACUUCAGCCUGAGGGCUUCAAGCCCGAGGAUGUCUUCGUCUGCGAGUCUCGUUAUGCAACACGGACCAAGGCCUUUAAAAAGAUUAAAUUGUGGAGCGUGCCACCAAGCUCUGUGAAGUUAAUCCCUCGUGAUGUGCCAUUACCUGUAGUUAGAGUUGCGUCCAUGUUUGUCAAGGCUGCAAAUCGUGACCAGGACAAGAUGGCAGACGCCGCGAAUGAUCAUGGUAGCUUUAUUGAAAAAGAGAGAGAGGCUGUUCCAGUAGAGGUGGCCAAUGGUGAACCUGGAUGUCAGUACUAUGAACAGCUAUGCUAUAAUAACAUGUGGCUGAAAGUGGGUGAUUGUGUCUACAUUCGUUCUCAUGGGUUGAUACGGUCAAGAAUUGGCAGGAUCGAGAAGAUGUGGGAGCAGGAUGGAGUAGCUUUCUUCUUUGGGCCCAUAUUCAUCCAUCCUGAGGAGACUGAACAUGAGCCCACAAAGAUGUUCUACCAGCGUGAAGUGUUCCUGAGCAACCAGGAGGAGACCUCCCCUAUGAUGUGUAUUUUAGGAAAGUGUGUAGUCUCCUCCUUUAAGGACUUCAUUUCCUGUAGGCCCACUGAGUUUGCAGAGGAAAAUGUACACGUGUGUGAGAGCCGCUAUAUUGAGAGUGAGAAGCAGAUGAAAAAAUUUAAAGGUCUCAAACGAUUCUCCCUUUCAGCCAAAGUGGUGGAUGAUGAGAUUUACUACUUCAGAAAGCCGCUUGUGCCUUCCAAGGAACCAUCUCCCUUGCUGGAUAAAAAGAUUGAAGAGCUAGAGGCCAAAUUUGCAGAUGUUGAGGACCUGGAUGAAGAUCUAGAUGAGCUAGAGGACGAGGAUGAUGAUGCACCAGCAACACCCUCCAUGCCCCAGCAUCAGAGUUCACUGAUGAGCGAUAUGGACCUUCCAAACUUGCCUUUACAGUCCACACCAAAGACGAUGAAAGGUCUUUCCAAAAAAGAAGGCGCUAAGCGCAAGAUCAACAUGAGUGGAUACAUUCUGUUUAGCAGUGAGAUGCGAGCUGUCAUCAAGGCCCGACACCCUGAUUUCUCCUUUGGAGAGCUGAGUCGUCUUGUAGGAACGGAGUGGAGGAACCUGGAAUCUACUAAGAAGUCAGAGUAUGAAGAGCGGGCAGCUAAACUGGUAGAACAACAGGAACGAGAAAGGGCCCUUCAACAGCAGCAUCAGCAGCAGCAACAGCAGCAGGCAGCAGCUUCUCCAAGAGCAGGCAUGAUGGGAAAUUAUGGCCCACCCUUCAUGCCUAUGCAGGGUCCUCCUGAUGGCAUGAUGGGUAUGGGUGGCACACCUCCUCACACCAUGGGGGUGCCCGCAUUGCCACCUCAGCACUACUUUACAUCCAGCAUGGCUGGGUACCCUGGUAUGCUCCAUCCUGGUGGAAUAGGACCUGGAAUUAAUAGUAUGGCUGGAAGUCCUAGUCCAGCCAACCCUUACGGUCUUCAGAUGGGUGCAUAUGGCCCUGGGCAGGUGGCUCCUCCUCCAUACCCAGGUCAGAGUCAACAGGGCCAGUCUUCCCACCAACCGCAAGGGGCGCCCAUGUUUGUAGCACCGCCUCCCAGGCCACAGCGUCUCCUGCAUUCAGAAGCCUACUUGAAAUACAUAGAAGGACUCAAUGCAGAUUGCCCCACUAUCAGCAAAUGGGACCAGAGCCUUAAGGCUCAAAGAAAAGAUUCUCGCCUCAGUAGGGAGCAGGAAAGCCGGCUUCCUUCUCAUUGGCUGAAGAGCAAAGGUGCUCACACCACAAUGGUUGAUGCGUUGUGGCGACUGAGAGAUUUAAUGAUGAGAGACACUCUCAGCAUCCGACAAGCUUACAACCUUUAACCGUUACACUUGACACUCAGAACUCCUAUUUAUGCAAGAUGAUACUUCAACCAAAUCCAAUAUCAGUGUAAAGAAGUUGAUUGUUUAGUAUGUUCCACAGCAAUAACAAUGUCAGCUUUUUGUAUAAAUGAGAUUUUAAUCCUUUACAUGAAUUCUUAUUGAUGCACUGGAAUUAUCACAAAUGCAUUAUCUAACUUAUAACUACUGAUAUCAUGGAAGAUCAUGUUCCUGAUGACAGUGUUAAGUUUUAGAACUGUUUAUUUGAAAUGAUGAGUAUGCACAAAAGCUCAAUUAACAACUGAUUUUAUCUAUUCCAUUUAUCCCAUGUUAAUGGAUGUAUUGAAAGAUCACCUCAAACACUGAUUUAAUAGAGAGGUAUCUAGCUUUAACCACUUUUAUGUCUUAUUUAUGAAACAUCACAUCAGGUGGACAUGCUGUAACACAGUUGUAUGUUUAAUGAUAUUUUUAAUGUGUUGGAAUAAGCUUGGUUUGUCUUUAUUUAAUUGGCAGUUUAAUAUUUUUGAUUUUUUGGGGGGGUAAAAAUGAUAUUAAAAAAAAGUUUGUAUUUGUGUUUUGAUUACUAACUCAUAAAAUUUGACAUUUAAAAUAUUCAUUGUUGCCUAUUUUUAUUUAGUAUUUCAUUUGUGUACUAUAAAUUUAUACUGUGUACUGAUCCGUUUCUCCAGUCACUGCUGUGUCACAUUAAAAUUCAGGUGUGAAUGUGUUGCAU